UAUAGCUAUAGAUCUCCCUAAUGUAAACCCGCCAUAAUACCGCACAACGAGCCGCCAGCCUACGCUUGAAGGACUCUAAACGUCGAAACGUCAUUCAGCGGAAAGAGAAGGGCUAAAAUCAUAAACAGAUCGCAUGCGGGUGAAAAUUUAUAAAUUGAUUCGUUGAAAUUUGUAAUAUUUAGUGUUAUUGAAACGUUUUUUUGUAAAAAGCCUAUCGGAGAUCGAAGCCGUAAAUAAAUAAGCUGUUCGGUAACAGUGUCGCCUUUUCCUUUGGCUGGGUCAACAUUCUUCGAUAAAUCAACGUGCAAAUGACGUCCCCAGCAGUGGAUAUGGAAGCACAGCAUGGUGAGUGCGCUGCGUGCAGCAAUCCUGAUGCGGAUAGUAACUACGUUCAGUGCGAUGCCUGUGAUAGGUGGUGGCACUUUUCGUGUGCGAGUGUGACGGAGUCCGUCAGCGAGCGAGCGUGGAUAUGCUCGAAAUGUACGACGGAAAGAGCAGCAGUUCCACCCACACUCGUGGAAAACACUUCCAGCUCUAAUAUACAGCGUGAUCUCGCCCUGCUGAAGCAACGACAGGAGCUCGAGCGAAAGAGGAUGGAACAUGAACUGCAAAUGAAAUUCCUGGACGAGCAGUUGAAGUUGAUGGAUAACGCGAACCACGUGAACAAUUGUGGAGGUGACAAAUCGGUAGCUGAACCAGUCAGCGAAAACCCGGAGCUAGAAGAUGGCGCAGUGGGUGGCCAGCCGGACCCACCAGCAGCAGCUCAGCCCACGGAUGUACACCAUCGCGACCUAUUGGAUAUGGUUCGCGAUCUUCAAAAGCAACUCGAAAUCUGUCAACUACAGUCAGCUCCAAGCAGUCAGCGUGUGGAUACGACCAUAUGAAAUAUCAGGCCAACGACCAAUCAACAUCAGUACGACUUCCUGAAACCAGCCGAUGACACUCAAGGUAAAGGUAACCAGCAGGCUCGAAAUCUGGGAGCCUAUAAGAAAACGCAUGUCAAUGAAGUGGGUGGUGUAGGUAAGAGUAAUGUUAAUGAAAGUGGUUUUUCAAAUAAAAUGUACGGUGGUAAUGUCCUUCAUAAGUCCUCUAUGAUUUCCCCCGAUACGGUUUAUAUUAGUAACAGAGAACGACAACCAGAUAUCCGCGAA